UUCAGUUUGACAAAACUUUGUGAUUUCCGCAGGAAGCCACGAUGACGGCAUUGGAUCUUUUCAACACUUUGGAGGAUUUAAAAGAAGAGGAAUUUAUGACAUUCAAAUGGCAUCUAAAGCAAGACCUCCUGGAAGGCUACCAACCCAUCAAAGUGUGCAAGUUGGAGAAGGCAGAUAUGAAGGACACGGUGGAUGUGAUGGUGGACACCUAUCAGCUAGAUGGAGCUCUGAAGGUGGCCAAGAAGGUUUUAGAGAACAUCGACAGGAAUGAUCUGGUCCAGAGUCUGCCAGACACCGAAUCAGGACCACAAGACCACAAGACACAUGAUGUUGUUUCUCUGAAAGAAGAAUAUGAAGGAAAGAAGGUCCAGCUGGGGAAGACAGGGGCUGAAAUUCAGCAGAUGAUCCAGAAGAGACAACUAAAGAUUCAGGAGAUCAAACACUCAGUGGACCUCAGUGAGGAAGCUGCAGACAGAGAGAUAGCAGAAGGUGUUCAGGUCUUCACUUCUCUGAAGGAGUCUGCUGAGAGAGGCCUGGAUGAGCUCAUCAACACCAUCAAAGAGAAGCAGAAAACAACAGAAAAACAGGCCGAAGCUUUCAUCACAGAGCUGGAACAGGAAAUCUCUGAGCUGAUGAAGAGAAGCACUGAGGUGGAGCACCUCUCACGCUCUGAAGACCACCUCCAUCUUCUCCAGAGGGUCCAGUCCCUUAACAUCCAACAACCUCCACCCACCAAGGACUGGACAGAGGUCAGCGUCUGUCCAUCAUCAUAUGACAGGACUGUGGUGAAAGCUGUGGUUCAGCUGAUGGAGAAGCUCAAUAAACAGAUGAAGAAGCUGCUUGAAUCCAAGCUGAAGAGGGUCCAGCAGUAUGCAGUGGAUGUGACUCUUGAUCCUGAUACAGCACAUCCUGCUCUCAUCCUGUCUGAUGAUGGGAAACAAGUGAAUACGGGUGAUGUGAGGAAGAAUCUCCCAGACAUCCCAGAGAGAUUUUCUAAGGGUGUUUUUCUUUUAGGAAAACAGAGUUUCUCUUCAGGCAGAUUUUACUUUGAGGUUCAAGUUAAAAGAAAGACUAAUUGGAAUUUAGGAGUUGUCAGAGAGUCAAUCAACAGGAAGGGAGACAUCACACUGAGUCCUAAGUAUGGUUACUGGACGAUAUGGUUAAGAAAUGGAAAUGAGUACAAAGCUCUUACUGCCCCUCCAGUCCGUCUCUCUCUGAAGUCUCCUCCUCAGAAGGUGGGGGUGUUUGUGGACUAUGAGGUGGGUCUGGUCUCCUUUUAUGACGUAGAUGUUGCAGCUCUUAUCUUCUCCUUUACUGGCUGCUCCUUCACUGAGAAACUCUUCCCAUUCUUUGGCCCCUGUCCUAAUGCUGGUGGUAAAAACUCUGCCCCUCUGAUCAUCUCUCCUGUCAGAGUAAACUAAUCACUGAUCUCAUUUCAGGUAUUGAUUCAUUUUCAAUCAAGGGAACAAAUGUACAUAUUCAUAUAUUUUACAUCUUAUUUUCUACAGAAUCUGUUUCCUGUGGUGACUGAUUUACACUUUAUUCCAUUUAUUAUCAUAUGUUAAAUGUGCAGCAAUUCUUUACAAAGUGAAUCAAACUCCAUCUUGACAUAUUUGGUGUCUUUAGAAACUGAUUUCUUCUGGAAGUUAUAAUAAAUGUCUGUGGGUUUAACAGAGGUU